UUUUAUUAUUUUUUUACUUAUUUGACUGAGAUUUGGAUCUGUACAACAUACUCACCCACCCAGCCAUUUUAAAAGGGCUUUCAUGGCACAGAGAAAGUAAGAAGCCCCAUUGAGUAUUUCUGUAUCAGUUAGCAGAAAACAAAGAAAAGGAAUACAUUUUGUGCUUCUUUUUCUUGUAUUGUCUUGUUUUCUCUGCUCUGCUAAUAUACUAUUAUUAUAAUCAGUUUUUCUCUUUCUCCAAAACUCUCUCUCUCUCUCUCUCUCUCUCAUACUGUUUUUCCUUCAAAAUAUCAUCUUCCUACUAUACUUUUUGUUAGAUUUUUCUUCUCUGCUUCUGCCCAGGAAUCGAGCUCCAAGAUAUGCUCUAAAAAGAGGCAGAUACACCUUUUUGUUUGUUGGGUUUUCAAUUAGUAUCAUUUUUGAGACUGCCGAGCCGAUUCAGAUAAUUAAAAAAAAAAAAAAGUAUGACUCGCAGUGAAGAAUAAGAAUGGGUAUUUUUGGUGCUCCAUUAAAAGCACUGUCAUUCUUGGAAUUGGAGUGGUUUUGCAUGAGAAAUUAAUGCCCAGAGAAAAGAUUUGUAACCUCCCUCAGGAUAAAAAAAGCUGUAACAGCCUUAGCCAAUCCUAGUGUCACUGCCUCUGUUUCUUUCUUUCAAAGCAAAAAAACGAGUUAUGUCACUCUUUCUGUCUUUUGAGAGGAGUUAAAGCAAGCAAAGAAUACCCAUUUACGGAGCCUCAUACAUUUGUCAUUCAACGUCUUUCUGGCUUUUUUCCCUCUUUCUUCUUCCUCAUCAUAUAUAUAUAUAUAUAUAUAUCCCCCACCAUACCUUUCGGAAACAGGGUAACAGAUAAAACUUUCAUCUGAUCUAUUUUGAUUUUUCUAAGCAAUGGUACCUCAGAAACAAGCAGAGGAGGCUAUGGUCUCGACCUUCAAUGAGACUGAGAACGAAGAAAGAGAUGAAGAAAGAGAAGAUCAAUCUGGUUUUAGCUUCAAAAGCUUGCUUUGGCAUGGUGGGUCUGUAUACGAUGCCUGGUUUAGCUGUGCAUCGAAUCAGGUUGCUCAGGUUCUGUUGACACUGCCCUACUCAUUCUCUCAACUGGGUAUGCUUUCAGGAAUCAUUUUGCAGAUUUUCUACGGUAUUCUUGGAAGCUGGACUGCUUAUUUAAUCAGUAUUCUCUACGUGGAGUACCGAAGCCGAAAAGAAAAAGAAAAUGUCAGCUUCAAGAACCAUGUGAUCCAGUGGUUUGAAGUGCUAGAUGGUUUACUUGGUCCUUAUUGGAAAGCUGCUGGAUUAGCCUUCAAUUGCACUUUCCUACUCUUUGGAUCUGUCAUCCAGCUUAUAGCCUGUGCAAGUAACAUAUACUAUAUAAACGACAACUUGGACAAGAGGACAUGGACGUACAUAUUCGGAGCUUGCUGUGCAACGACUGUGUUCAUUCCGUCGUUUCACAACUACAGGAUAUGGUCGUUUCUUGGACUUGGAAUGACUACGUAUACUGCUUGGUAUAUGACAAUUGCAGCUCUUGUUCAAGGACAGGUUGAAGGUGUCGUACAUUCAGGACCAAAAAAAUUGGUUUUGUAUUUCACUGGCGCCACCAAUAUACUCUACACUUUCGGCGGCCACGCCGUCACUGUGGAAAUCAUGCAUGCAAUGUGGAAGCCUCAGAAAUUCAAGUACAUUUAUCUCAUUGCCACAGUCUAUGUAUUCACCUUAACACUUCCAUCAGCUUCAGCUGUAUACUGGGCCUUCGGCGAUGAACUCCUAACCCACUCAAACGCCUUUGCGCUCCUACCCCGGACGGCCUGGCGUGAUGUAGCGGUCAUUUUAAUGUUGAUUCACCAGUUCAUAACAUUCGGAUUUGCUUGUACGCCAUUGUAUUUUGUUUGGGAAAAAGUAAUAGGAAUGCAUGACACAAAAAGCAUAUGUUUAAGAGCACUUGCAAGGUUGCCCGUGGUGAUACCAAUAUGGUUCUUAUCCAUUAUAUUUCCUUUCUUUGGUCCCAUUAACUCUGCUGUUGGGGCUCUUUUGGUCAGCUUCACCGUCUACAUCAUUCCCUCUAUGGCACAUAUGCUUACCUACAGAUCUGCUUCUGCUCGAAAGAAUGCAGCAGAGAAACUACCCUUUUUCCUUCCAAGCUGGACAGGCAUGUACUUGCUGAACGCGUUUGUGGUAAUUUGGGUGUUUGUGGUUGGUUUCGGAUUCGGCGGGUGGGCGAGCAUGACUAACUUCAUCAAACAAGUUGAUACGUUUGGAUUGUUUGCCAAAUGCUACCAGUGCCCACCCAAAGCCUCCACAGCAGCACAUCACUAAGUUCUCCUUCUUUAUUUUUUAUUUUUACUUUUUUUCCUUGUAUAUCAUACACAGUUAAGGCAUCAGCAUCUUUCCCCGUUUGUGGAGUAUGCUGUGUUUCCCCCCAUCUUUUUGUGUAGUCCCUUCAUAAAUAGUACUUGUUGUUAAUGGUUGUUGUUUCCUAUACAAUAGAAGCAAUAUAUAUAAUAUAUAUAUAUAUAUAUAUAA